AUUUAACUUCUAUGAUCUUGAAAUUUGAACGAAUCAUUCCCUAAUUAACAUUACUCAACUAUAUAGGUUAGCUUGUAAGGUUGUGCAAAAUUAGUUAUCUGUCUCUAAUUGUUCGAAAAAACAGUGAUGUGUUAUAUUUUUGCUUUUUAAAUGCCCAUUAUGACGUAAAUUGUAUUCGAAAGCAAAUUGAAUAACGAUGGCCACCUUCUCAAUCAGUGCGUGUUCUAAGCCGGCAACGGCGGCAGUAAUGAGGGCUCAAGAAGUGAGGGCGCAUGUAGAGAAUGAGUAUUGCUCGAGAGAUACGUUCGCGGAACUGAUGCGCACACUGCAGUCGACAACGGUACAUGGUCAGCUUAUUAUAGGAUCUGCAACAGGAAUCGUGUCCGGAUUCCUGGCUAGAGUCGAAAAAGGAUUGGCUGUCGCUAUCGGGAGUGUUGUCUUGGCAAUUAGAUUGGCCGAGCAGAUUAAGAACAGACCGGAUUCUUGUAUCCUCUGUUUCCUCCCUCAGAAGAUGGACUUAAUCGAACAGAUCUUAGACGAAACCGUCGUCUUCUUGAACAGGAACAUCCUCGUGGCUGCUGGAUACUUUGCAGGGUUCGUUAGUGCAUACUAUGCACCGUUGCCUUAAUAUGAUUAAAUAUGAGAUAAAUCAAGAG